ACCAAGUUAACAACGAAGCCUGACGUCAUCACGCACAACGUGUAGCGCUGAAGCAACAUGGCUUUGAAUGGCGACUUUGAGUGGGAGCCUCCCACAGAGGCAGAGAUGAAGGUGAUCCAAGCUCGUAGGGAGCGACAGGACAAGAUCAGCAAACUGAUGGGUGACUAUCUGCUCAAAGGAUACAAGAUGUUGGGAGAGUGCUGUGAUCAGUGCGGGACUAUUCUUCUCCAGGACAGACAGCAGAAGAAUUACUGCGUGUCUUGUCAGGAGCUGGACUCUGAUAUUGACAAGGACAACCCUGCGCUUAAUGCUCAGGCAGCAUUGUCCCAGGUGAGAGAGAGACAGCUGGCAUCUCAGUCCCCAGCUCCGCUUCAGACCGCUGAGGUGAGUGGAGGUCCCGACAGCACCUCCAUAAAUGCAUCCGUUCCUCAGCCCAGACCUGAACACUGUGAGGGGGCUGCUGCAGGAGGAAGAGCUCCUCUACCUCCACCUACUGUUCCUCCUCCUCCAGCUCCUGCUGCCGCUGCAGCGGUCCUGGCACCCACUCGCCCCUCUAUUUGUCCACAGAACACCGCCCUCCGACCUGUGUUACAAGAAGCUGAGGAAGCUGUUCUCACCAAACUUCGCUGGGCCACUGCCCAGUUACAGAGUUCAGCGUCUCUGGAGAUGAGUAUCCAGCUCUGCAGCCUGAUCGCCAGCUGUGCCAACUCGCUGCGUAGUCUCAAGGAGCUCGACCACUAAUAGCCAUGGACUGGCUGAGACCACGGAUUAAUGAAAUGCAGUCCGUGUUUUUUUGUCUUGGAAUAUUGACUCUGGUCAGCUGCUUUGCAGCAUCUCUUUUUGACUGAGAUCUUGUAUAGAACUAAUGCCCGUUGGUUUAAUUUACCUAUAGGGCUGCUCAAAAUACAGCUUGACAUGCUUUAAUGAUCUUUAAGACCUUUUUUAACGUUUGGUUGUUUUUGACCCUCCGUCAUAUAUUAAACAACAAAGGAAACGCAAGUAGGGAGGAGAGUAAUUGUCAUUUUGAGUCUACCACGGAGAUGCAGAUCGUAAAUAGUGAGUUUUAGUCACAGAUCACGCGUUUGCACACAAACAUGACUAUGGACACUGGCAAGCACCUGGACAGAAUUAAGAACGUGUGGCAUGUUUUCAGCAAUGACUCGCUGUCGGUAACAAUUAGGAGUGGUGAUUUUGUUGGGAUAUGAGGAGGCCUACAAAAAUUUGAAAUUUGUUGCAUUUUUGCCGUGCCACACUGCACUGAAAACUUUUUGUGAACAUGCCACUGGCAUCCUGGAUGCUGAUUUGAAAGUGCGGAACAUCGCCAGACAGUUAAAUGUUCAUGAGUAGACUAGCAGUCGGUUAAAGGACAUGUCGCACCAAAAUCAUAACAAUUAAGAUUUAGGCUGUUAGUGACCAUCCGAUGAUCCACCGGGAUUACUUUGUGCACCCCCAUGACUGGUUUCAAAGUAUAUUGCAUUCGCAACAAACAGCUACAGAGACAUCUGAAAACAAAGUACUCGUCAUGAGUACGCGGGUGUUUCCGACAAUUGACAUCGCAACUAGAAGGAUCCCAGCGUGCGCUUGAAUGGAACGUAGUUGAUAACAUUACGAACGGAGACAGAUUAAUUUCAAAGUUUACAUAAGUGUGAUGUCAUGUUAUGAUGACUUGUUUUUAAGUGAAAACGGUUCAUUUUGAUACAGUCACGGUAAAAGCUGCAGCUCUGUGAAGGUUUCUGUGCACCUGCACAGCUAUGAGUCAGAAACGCAGCCUGUCACUAACCAUCUCUGCUCCAGGUUCAGCUUUGUGCACGAUUAAUUAUGAGUGUUGUUAAAACACGUGCACUCCAGCUUCUCAAAGUAAAAAAAAAAAAAAUGCCGCAAAACAACAAAAGGGGUAAAAUGCUGAACUGCCAGACGUGUUAUAUUGUUUUCCAAAUAUAAACUCCACAUGAACAAAGAAGUGCGCGUGCGAAGCUGACUCCAACCUCUCUUACGAUCGUGGCACAUUAAAUAAUGUCCAUUAAUUUCUGGAAAUAAUGUAACUUCACACAGCUUCAGUAAAGAGCAUGUCUCCACACUUGAGGCUCCAAAAUCCGACACUGAAAAAGUUAGUGUUUCAGGGUGAAGCGUGUCGUCUCCUCUCUUUAAAUCCAAGCCAUCACUUUCGAACGGCGGCUCAGAAACUUCAUUUUUGGAAGGAGCAUGUUCAUUUCUCACUGUCUGUCAGUCAUUGAGAGGUUUCUGUUUUGCUAAUUAGGAUGUCACACAAUGAAAAAUGCAGAGAAUUGCAGAGUGAAACGUUUUCCGGAAAUGCACCUGUUAACACACAGUGAAAGGAGUAAAAUACAUCAGAGAUCACUAAUUAUUAGCACAUAUGUGCGGAGACACUUAGAAUCAUGAGUACUUUUAUGUUGUUUUACUAACUGGGACAUUAAAACACGUGAGAGGCUCUGUGACACAGGGGGACCUGCGACAGACCCAUAAAACACUUACAGGAUAUUCUGGAUCAUGUUCAAGCUCAUAUUCUGAUACCAAACACUGUUGUUCAACUCCAAAAUGCCUUGAGGGAAGAGUGGCAGGCCAUUCCUCAACAGGAAAUGUGCCAUUUCAUGGUGGGCACACACCUUAUUGACUGUGAUCUGAUCCAGAAUGUUACUUUUCUUUUUAACAGCUCAAUAAAAACACCUUUUACUAUUGUGACAUCCUGUCCAAAAGUUGACAGAAAUUUUAUUCAUUAAGGGAGAUUUAAACAUACUUGUUUCUUUUGUUGUUUUGUUCAGCAAAAUUGAAUAUUUGACCGUUUACAUUGUUUACAUUUUCACAUAUCUGUAAAAACCAUCUGUCCAUUUAAAUAUUUAAUAUAUCAUCUACAGUCUACAAUAAAUCAGUCUACAUAUAUUUUGAUAAUUGGCUUAACUGGCUUUGGUUAUUUAAUUAUAACUAUUGAACAUCGUGUUUAGAAGUUGUAUUUCCUAAAUUGUACAAGUUGAUAAAUCACAGUUUUCCUGCUUUAAAGGAGAUGGAAAAGCUGGAGUAAUGGUAUGACUGUGAAGCUUUUAAGUUAUUAAACAUCAGUCAAAUAAUUGUGUUUUUCCCGGGCUGACAUUUCCGUUGUGUUUCCGUUGUGACUGUGACACAGUAAUUACUGUGGCCGGUUGUAAAGUCAGUGCAUGAGAAUGGUAAUUAUGUGAUUCAGUUCCUGCUCAGUCAACACGGAACAACGUUCAAGAGUUGAACUUUCCAGCACAGCUCAGUGUGCUCAGCUCAGUGUCCAUAAUAUUACAGAGUAAUAUUAUGUUUCCUGAUUCAUCUAAAACAUUUAGAAGAAGUGGGUGAUGCAACGUGUGUCAGUCCGCAGUUCUAAAUACCGAAAACACCCGUUUUGCUGUACAAAGCAAUGAGUUUUUAUAAAUUUGGAUGUGAAUAAAGAUUUGCCUGUUCAGUUUU